GCUUUUGCAGCGGACACAUAAUAGGCUCUGAUCUCACCUUUGAAGAAGCCUCAGGAAUGAGAAAUUUCCUCUAAAUAUCUCAGGUUAAAUACAUCAAGCACAAAGAUUCAGAAGCUCGGACCUGGGAAGUCUUCUUGGGAAGAUGCAGCUGCUCCUGCUCCUGUUGGCCUUCUUUCUGCCCCCAAGGACAAGGACAGGGAAGAUCAUCGGGGGACAUGAAGCCAAACCCCACUCCCGCCCUUACAUGGCCUACCUUCAGAUCAGGGAGGAAAAGACUGUAACAAGUUGUGGUGGCUUCCUGAUACAUGAGAAAUUUGUGCUGACAGCUGCUCACUGUGCAGAGAGACCACAACAUCAAGAAAUAAUUGUCUUACUGGGGGCCCACAACAUCAAGAAGCCAGAGAAGACUUGGCAGAUUAUACGUGUGAAAAGAGUCAUCCCACACCCAGCUUACAAUGCUGAAUAUCUCACCAAUGAUAUCAUGCUGCUGCAGCUGGAGAAAAAGGCCAACCUGACUAAAGCGGUGCAGCUUCUCAGGCUGCCUAAGGACAAGACCCAGGUGAAGCCAGGUGCCACCUGCCAGGUGGCUGGAUGGGGACUUUUGGCCCCAAAUGGGAGCUCUCCUAGCACACUGCAGGAGGUGGAGAUGACAGUGCAGAAGGAUGAGGUCUGUGAGACACACUUUCAAGAGAAUUAUGACAGUGCUACGGAAAUGUGUGUGGGGGACCCAAGGAUUCAAAAAAGUACCUUUCAGGGUGACUCUGGAGGCCCCCUCGUGUGUAAUAAUGUGGCCCAGGGCAUUGUCUCCUAUGGACGAUCAAAAGGGAAAACUCCACGUGUCUACACCAAAGUCUCACCUUUUCUAGACUGGAUAAAGAAAACCAUGAAACAUGACAAACUGCAGGGACUGAAGAGAAAGGUCAAGCUGACUAAGGCGGUGCAGCCCCUCAGACUGCAUGAGGACAUGACCCAGGGGAACCCAGGUGACACAUGCCUUGUGGCAGACUGGAGGAGAAUGACCCUAUUGGGCCCUUCAGCAACUAAACUGCAGGAGGUGCAGCUGAUAGUGCAAGAUGAACUAAAAUGCAAAUCAGCCCUCCUUGUAUAUAGUGAAGUCACUGAGAUUUGUGUGGGAGACCCAAGGAGAAAAAGUCAGUUUCAAGUGAGCAGACUUUCAGGCAAGAUGCAGCCACUCGUGCUCCUGUUGGCCUUUAUCCUACUGCCUGGGGCCAAGGCAGAGAAGAUCAUUGGAGGACAAGAAGCCAGGCCCCACUCCCACCCCUACAUGGCGUAUCUUCAGAUUCAGACACCAGAUGAUCUGAGAAGUUGCGGGGGUUUCCUGGUACGAGAGGACUUUGUGAUGUCAGCAGCUCACUGUUUGGGAAGUGUUAUAAAUGUCACACUGGGGGCACACAACAUCCAGAGGCCAGAAAGGACCCAGCAGAGAGUCUCUGUGCGCAGAGCCAUCCCGCACCCUGGAUAUGAUCCCCAAACUUUCCUGAAUGACAUCAUGUUACUGCAGCUGAGGAAUAGAAUCAGGCGGAAUCGAGUUGUGAGGCCAGUGGCCCUGCCUAAUGCUGGAGAAAAGCUGCAUCCUGGGACUUUGUGCAAAGUGGCUGGCUGGGGUUUGGUAAGCCUGAACAGAAGGACGGACAAACUGCAGGAAGUGCAGCUGAAAGUGCAGAGUGAUCGGAAGUGUAGUCGUCACUUCAGCAGUUACCGCAGCCAGACUGAGAUUUGUGUUGGAGACCCUAGACAAAGGAAGCUCGCCUUCAAGGGUGAUUCUGGUGGCCCCCUGGUAUGUAACAAUAAGGCUCAAGGCAUUGUCUCCUAUGGAGACAGCAGAGGAAUUCCUCCAGGAGUCUUCACCAGGAUUGCAAGCUAUCACUCCUGGAUAAAGAGAACAAUGAGACGCUUCAAACUGCAAGACCAGACUGAGGAUUUCCCAACUCCGUGACUGACAGUAAAAUUCUCUGGAGCACAGGUCAGCUGCAGGGGAUUGCCACAGCCUUAAUAAAUGUUCCAUCCAGAGUGCAAAUAUUUGUUCAUUAAUCAUUAUUCAUUACUGUCUCGGUUGGUUUGAACUGCUACAAUAAAAUAUUGGCUUAU